AUGGCCACCGUGGUGGUGCCUCAGUCCCAGCCUGCUGCUGGGAGCAGCCUCUUCGGCAGCAGCAGCAGCAGCAGCAGCAGCAGCAGCAACACCAACAACACCAACGGGGCCUCAGGAGCUGCUGCUGCGAGCACAGCGCCGGCGGCUUCUGCUGCAGCACCUGCUGCUGCACCUGCUGCUGCAGCGGGAGCUUCUGGUGCCCCUAGUGGCGCGAACUCCUCCUCUACUGAAGCAGCAGCAGCAGCAGCAGCAACAGCAGAAGCAGCAGCAGCAGCAGCAGGUCCCAGCAGCAGCCGCAGCAGCCGCUUAGGGCCUUGCUGGGGGGGACGUCGCUAUCAACGUUUGUAUGAAGGAGUUGUGCUGCCCCUUAUAGCAGCUCUUGAGGAAGCUCCAAGUGCGGAGCAGCAGCAACAGCAGCUGCAGCAGCAGCAGCAACAACUUCUGCUGCAGCAGCAAGGCGAUGGAGUGUUUGAUGGAGAGCCUCAGUUUGACUUGGGUGUAUGUGCGGAGGAGCAGCAGGGAGAUGCAGCAGGAGCAGCAGCAGCUCGUCUGCGUGCACUGGAAGCGGAAGCCCUUGAGGCUUUGCUGCAGCAGCAAGAAGGGUUUGCUGCUCCGCUGCAAGUAAAAGAAAGGCUGGGGCCUGCAACGAAGCAGACGCAGCAGCAGCUGCUGCUGCUGCUGCGAGAAGAGCUGCCUGGCUGGCAGGUGCUUGCUGCUGCUCUUGAUGAAGUGUCUGUACUCCUCAACAUGGAUGCUGGGGAGUGUGCUGCUCUGGCUUACGACGCCGUUGCUGCAGCAGAAGCAGCAGCAGCAGCAGCAGCAGCAGCAACAGCAGCACCAGCAGCAACACGACAAGUCCUCUGGAGCCCGCUGCUGCCGCUGCAUGCGCUGCAGCAGGAGCAGCGCUAUCAGCUGCUUUGUUUGCGCGCGUUAGCUGGUUUGCUGCACCCCCCUGGAGAAGCAGGACUAGACGCAGCAGCAGCAGCAGCAGCAGAUGCAGCAGCAGAUGCAGCAGCAGCAGAAAGGCAGCCCAGAGUUGUUCUUGUGUUCUUCUGCGAGUUGCUGCAGAGAGGUUUAAUUGAUUCUCUUAUAGAAAAAAUGGAGGCCUUGCUGCGGUCUGUAGUUGCUGCUGCAGCAACAGAGACAUCGCAGCAGCAGCAGCAGCUACUGCUGCAGCAGCAGCGACAGCAGCAACAGGCCCUUGCCGUGCAGAGCGCUGCUGCUACUGCAGACGGGGAGGGUGCUGCAGCAGCAGUUGUAGCGGCUGCUGCUGCUGCUGCUGCUACAGCAGGGAUUGAAACAGAAAUAGCAGCGCUUAUGCUGCAGCACAACAUCGAGUGUAUAUGGAUGAUAACAGAUUUGCUGCUGCUGCUGCUAAGCAGCUUCCACGCCUCAUCCCAGCAGCUGCAGCGGCUGCUGCUGCUGCUGCCGCACAUCAUAUCUCCUGCUGCACUUCCUGCUGGCCGUCGUGCUGCUUCUGCGCAGGACUUCGACUCGAGAACCCAGCAGCAGCAGCAGCAGCAGCAACAGCAGCAGCAACAACAGCAGCAGCAGUUGGCAGUACCGGCGGAUCAGCAGCAGCAGCGGGGACAGCAGCAGCAGCAGCAGCACAAGCCGCAGCAGCAGCGGCAGCUAUCCACCCGCAUUUGUGAAUUAGUUUUAAUUAUUCUGCAGCCUAAGUUGCUGCGGUGGGUGGUGCCUUCUGUGAGCCUGCAGCAGCAGCAGCAGCAGCAGCAGCAGCAGCAGAAUAUGCUGCAGCGUCUAGAAGAAUUUAAAGCCCCCACCCUCACAGAUUAUGGGUUGCUGUCUCCUGCUGAAGAGAUAGCAAAUCUUCAAGCAGCAGAGAAGCAGCAGCUGCAGCAGCUAGCAGCAGAUGCUGGCAGGACCCGCACGCUCAUACAAACGCUGCAGCAGCAGGGACGAAGCUUGUGGCGUACAGGAGACGGCUUGGAGUGUGUAAUGGAUUUCGUUGUAAGCGGUGUUUUUUGCGGAGACAGCAGGCGUGCUGCUGCUGCGCUGCUGCAGCGUCCUGUGCUGCUGCAGCUGCUGCAGUGCUUCCUGCAGCCGCUUGCUGCAGCAGCAGAUGAUGAAGUCGCUCAGGUGUCUCUGCAGCUGCUUCACCAAAUCCUUACUCUUGCCUUUGGGGGCCCCUCAGAUCUGUGGUCUGUCUUGAUGCAGCACCAGUUAGGCACCCGCAGCAGCAGCAGCAGCAGCAGCACAGCAGCAGCAGCAGCGGUAGCAGCAGCACGGGCUCCUGCGAGGUUCGCUGAGGCCCCUCUUCUUGUUGAGGCGCUGCAGCUUAUAUCUUUGCUUUGCCGCAUGCAUCCAGCAGCAGCUGGGGUGUAUGUGGAGCCUGUUGUGCUGCUGAUGGAUGUGUAUGGGGUGCAGCAACAGCAGCAGCAGCAACAGCAGCAGCAGCAGCGGGGCUUGCUUCAAGCUGCAGCAAACGCAGUAGGCGUGCUGCUGGAUGUACACCCACCAUUAGAGAUUGCUAUCUUCGAUUGCUGCAGCACUCUCUGUUCUUGGGGGGGGUUUGUUGUUGCUCAGCGUCUCUGCAGCAGCUUGCAGACAGCAGGGCCUCUGAAGCUCAGCAGGCUGCUGCUGCUGCUGCUGCACCAGCUGGAAGCAGCAGUUCGAGGGCAGUAUACAGCUCUGCCGCAGCAGCAGCAAGUGCUCUUCGACGGAAGCCACGUUGCUGCUGCAGCACGAACAGCAGCAGUAGCAGCAGGAGGGGGCCUCCUGGCUGCCACUCCAGGCGCUGCAGCAGCAGCAGCAGCAGCAGAAGCAGCAGAUGCUUCUGUGCUGGAGGCGGGGCGUGCAUACCCGAAGGGUCUCCUUGCUGCAUUUGAUGCUGCUCUGUCUGUGCUUGCAAGCUGCAGCAGCAGCUGGCUGCUGCUUCCGCUUCCUGUGUCGCCUCCUUUGCUUCCAGAGUCGCUCUCCUGGAGCAGCAGCAGCAGCAGCAGCAGCAGCAUUGUGGGGCCCCCUCACCGUCCCCGACAUGCACUUGAUCUAGUCUAUACUGUUCUUCAUCUCUCUUCUUCUACUAACUUUGUGCAGCUGCAUGCAGUAAAGGCUGCAUGUUUACAUUUGCUGCUGCAGCGCAGCCCCAGCAACCCUGCUAAUGCAUUUGCUGUGCUGCUGCAGCUGGGGGGCCUUAUCGAUUCUCUCCGCCUUGAUUUUGCUGCUGCUGCUGCUGCAGCAGAUGCAGGGAGACUCCUUAUUACAUUCUUCACCUGCGUUACGCUGCUGCUGCAGCGAGUAGGCCUAAGGAGACGGUAUGAUGCUUCUCUGCUGCGCUUCUGUCUCGCUCUGGAGCAGCAGCAGCAGCAGCAGCAGCAGGUGCAGCGCUUGGGAGAGCCCUCUGUGGAAGGGGGAAGUCCUGGGCUCGAUGCAGCAGCAGCAGCAACAGCAGCAGCAGCAGCUGCUGCUGCAGGGACAUCCCAGACAGACAGCAACGCAACUGCUGCCGCUGUUGCUGCAGCGCAUGCAGCAAUGCUGAAGCUCUGUGCAUUCACAUUUGAGGUGUAUGUACAGGUAUUUGCACCGUCUGCUGCUCGUCCUGGGCAGCAGCAAGGGACACAGCAGCAACAGCAGCAGCAGCAACAGCAGCAGCAACGGCAGCAGCAGCAGCAGCAGUUUGUUCAGCCAGAUCUCCCCCGCUGCCGCUACUGGCGGUUAGGGUUGCUGCUGCUGCGCACUAUAAGAAUGUUUCUGCGGGGCCCUCUGCCUGCUGUUGCUGGCUGGUCUGCUGCUGCUUCUGCUGCUGGUGCUGCAGGAGGAGCUGCAGGAGGAGCAGCAGCAGGAGCAGCAGCAGGAGGGGAUAAGAACACGGCGGCUGAGGCUCUGUCUCCUGUUGCUGCUGCUGCAGCAGACCUGGCAGCAACAGCAGCAGAACCGUUUAGCGAUGCCCAGACAGUAGAUUGGAGGCCUGCUGCAUUCGCCUUUAUUCAUUUUCUUACACCAGACUCAGCAGCAUUUGCUGCGCUGCUGCGGCUCACUUGUUCGGGGGCUGCUGCUGCAGCUGCUGCUGCUGCCUCUGCUGCUGCCUCGGGUGCUGGGGCAAGCAGCAGCAGCAGCAACAGCAGCAGCAGCAGCAACGGCGAUGACGCCCCUGCUGCAGCACACUACAGAGAACGCUGCUGCAGCAUGGGGAUGAAUUUGCUGCGGCUGCUGCUGCAGCGCGACCUGCUGUUUAUUGAGGUGUACAAAUGGCGUGUAGGUGCAGCAAGAGCAGCAGCAACAGCGAAAGCAGCCGCAGCAGCAGCAGCAGGGGCCCCCGGAACAGAAGAAUUGCAUGCGUUUGCUGCUUCGCUCCCGUACCUCUGCAGCAGCAGCAGCAGCAACAGCAGCAGCAGCAGCAACGGGAUUGUUGAGGCCUUCGAGCUGCAGCCGCUGCAUGCGCAGCUAAUACUGCCGGCGGUGGCUUUGGCUGCUUCUCAAGCUCCUGCAGCAGCAUCCAGAGCAGCAGCAGGAGCAGCAGGACGGGGAGAGUUGCUGCCUCCUUACUGCUGGUAUAUUUGUUUGCUGCUGCAGCCGCAGCAGCCACUGGCAGUGCAGAAAGCUGCGGUGUAUGUGCUGCUGCAGCUGCAGCAGCGUGCCCCAGAAGACCUUGCUGCAGCAUUAGCAGCAAACCCGCUGCCGCUGCAGCAGAUGCGUGCUGCUGCAAGGGCAGCGCUGCUAGAAGAUGCAGCAGCAGCAGACCAGUGGAGCCAGCAAGCAGCAGCAGCAGCAGCAGCAGCAGCAGCAGGAGGGGAUGAAGCCCUUCUCGAUCCCCUCACCUCCAGCUCUCUAAGCACUUUCUUUUUGUCGGCACCUUCACAGCAGCAGCGCAGCAAAUGGCUGCAGCUUCUGAAGCAGCUGCGGGAGCAGGAGCAGCAGCAGCAGCAACAACAGCGAUUGCAGCAGCAACGCCUCCUACAGCAGCAGCAGCAGCAGCAGCUUCAACUCGCGCAGCAGCACAUAAACACUCCCUCUCCUAGAGGCCGCAUUUCUGCUGCUGCUUCGGUUUGUGGUGGCGACCGCCGCAGAAGCCUGCAGAGCUUCCCUGGAGGGGAGACAGAAACAGCAGAAACAGCAGCAGCAGCAGCAGCAACAGCAGAUGAGGAGACAGGCAGCAGCUGGGAUACUGGGGGGGCACAAGCCAGGGCCUUCUUCGAGUCGGAGCAGCGCAGUUUCUUCUUUAAUGAAGUGCGUGAGAUUGAUGAUUGCUGCAGCAGCAGCGCAUGCAGCUGCUCCGAAUGCAGCAGCAACAGCAGCAGCAGCAGCAGCAGCAGCAGCAACAGCAGCAGCAGCAGCAGCAACAGACGGCAGCUACCUGCCACUUCUUCAGCCACCGCAGUCCCCAUCUGUGCUGCGCUUGAUGAGCGCUGGCAAGCAAUAGAAGACACAUUAAUCGAAGCAGCAGAUGCAGCAACGUGGACGGCUCUAGCUCGGUGCAUAGCGUUGCAGCAGCAGCAGCAGCAGCAGCAGGGACAACAGCAGGGACAGCAGCAGCAGCAGGGGAGGAGCCGGAGUUCUUCUUCACUGAGCAGCGCGGAGCAGCUGUACGGACCUGCAGCAGCAGCAGAAACAGCAGCAACAACUCCUUUGCUUUCUGCUGCUGCGAUUGAGAUGGCGCUGCUGCUGCCGCUGCAGCCGCGAGCAGCCUGGCUGCUGCCUCCCUGGUCUCCCCCGCAGCAGAUCCUUGUGGGUUGUGCUGCCUGUCUCCCUGCUGACGCUGCUGUCUCUAGAUAUAGCAGCGCAUCGAUUCGUGAGUUGCUGCUGCUGCUGCUGCUGCAGGGUGUGCAGCAAACGUGCGGAGAAGGCGCAGCACUAACUACUGUCCCCUUCCCGUUGCUGCUGCUAGGCCUAGCCUUCAGCAGCAGCAGCAGCAGCAGAGGAGGAGCAGGGGGGUUGUCACCUUUCGGGAUAAUGCCGCAGUGCAGCGAAGGUUUGCUGCUGCCGGCAGCAGCAGCAGCAGCAGCAGCAGCAGCAGCAGCACUGGAGCCGUUGCAGCAGCUACACUGGGGCCCUGGAUCCCUCGACCCUGAGUGCAGCGUUGUUGCUGCUGUUGUUGCUGUUGCUCAGCAGCCUCAGCAUAUACCGCUGCUGCAGCAAGAUAUAGCAGAUCUUCCUCCGCAUACAGUUAAUGCUGCUGGCCGCUUUAUAGGGGAGACAGAGAGGCUGCCUAUGUUAGCUGGGUUGUAUACGCAGGUAUGCUGCAGCGUUGCUGCGCUGCAGCUGCUGCAGCUACUUGCUGCUCAUUCACAAACCUCAAAAGCAGCGCUUCAUGCAGUUGGUUUUCUCUGGCCGGAGCGUUAUCGCUUCUUAGAGCAGCAGCUGCUGCUGCAACAGGCAGCAGUACCGCUGCUGCUGCGGCCCCCGCUGCUGCUGCUGCUAGCUGCAUGCACGCAGCUAUGUCGCCUCGACGUGCAGCAUGCUGCAGCGCGAGCAGCAGCAGCUACCACCAACGACACCAGCAGCAGCAGCAGCAGCAGUGGAGGCGGUGCUGCAGCAGUAUGGAAGCAGCAGCAAAAGGCCCUAGAGAGACAGAGAAACCAGCAGCUAGGACGUGUUUGCUGCCUGCUCAUUAGUGCUGCUAGGCAGGGACAGAGAGAUAUUUUAUCAGGGCUGCAGCGGCUGUUGUUCUUCUUCGUUGAGGCGGUUGAUGCUAAUCCAGAAGACCAGCAGCUGAGUCUGCUGCUGCAGCAGCAGCAGCAACAGCAGCAGCAACAGCAACGCGCACUAGAGCCACUUUGCUGGGAGGGACUUGAAAAGCAGCAAAUGCUGCCGCUGUGUGGGGUGCUGCAGCGGGCGCCGAACGGUAGGGGCAGCAGCAACGUGUGGCUGCUGCUGAGCCCUGAUUUGUUUUUGCUGCAUGCGCAGCGGAUAUUAAGGGCUGGGGGGAUCCUACCUCCAUCGGGCUUGCUGCAGCAGCAGCAGCAGCAGCAGCAGCAGGUGUAUGCAGCAGCAGCAACUCUUCUCUGGAUAGAGCUGUUUAGGAAGACCUAUCAGUCUUCACUUAGGGCGGCGCUGUACUCUGCACUUGGGGCCUUACCCGAGUUAGCUGCUGCUUGCUUCGAGCUGCAGCAGCAGCAGCAGCAGCAGGAAGCGUUGCCUCUGCUGCAGCAGCAGCUGCUGCCACGCGCAUCAGCAGCAGCAGGCGGCCUCAGCAGCAGCAACUGCGGCAUCCUCGCUCAGCGAGCAGCAGAAGCCCUCGAUAGCUGCUUCAGCAGCGAAAGGUUUUGCUGCUACAGACCUCGUCAAGUGUACGGAGUGGUGCUGCUGCAGCACUUGCUGCUGCUGGCGUGGGGUGUACAGGCAGCUGAGAGCAGCAGCAUGCAGUCGAGGGCCUUUCCCCUACAGCAGACGCAGCUUAUUGUGCUGCUGCUUACGGAUAUGCUGCAUUUGCUGCCUCCUGCUGCUCGGGCUCUGCUGUACAGCAGCUUGCAGCUGCUGCUGACGCUACCUGCUUCCAGCCAGCAGCAGCAGCAGCAGGACCAGGAGCAGCAGCAAGAGCAGCAGCAGCAGGGCGAGGGAACAGCAGCAGCAGCAGCAGCAGCAAGUGCUGCUGCUAGCCCCAUCUGUGCUGCUUUCAUUCAGGAGCUGCUGGCUGACGAGGAGCGCUACCUCACGUUGCUGCUGCUGCUGCUGUUUGAUUCGAACCAGCCGCAGAGCUGCAGAGACAGCAGCAGCAGCAACACCCCGAAGUGGUGGGUGGAACAGCAGCAGCAGCGGCCGCACCUCCGCGGUGUACAGACAGCUGAUGACCCCACAUGCGUUGAGGUAUUCGGUAUUCGCUGCUGCCUUCCUCUUGCUGCGCUGCGGCUGCUGCUGCUGCUGUUGCAGUCCGUGCUGCAGCAGCAGCAGCAGCAGCAGAGCGGCGGGGGCCCCUGGCGCUCGAAUUCCUUGCUGCCCCGAGAGCUGCUUCUCCAGCCUAAAUUCAGCAGCAACAGCAGCAGCAGCUCAGACGAGGCAGCAGCAGCUCCUGUCGUUGCAGCAGUGGGUCAUCUCUUCCUUGUACACCUUUCGGGUGUACAGGCACCUCGGCAGCAGCAAACUUGGCAGCAGCAGCAAAACAGCCUUCCACGCGCAACUUGUCAGCUGGCGUCGCUCCUCUGCUUACGUUUCUGGAAGCAGCAAACAGCCCUCGAUUUGCUGCUGGGGAGUCCGCUGCUGCAGGAGCAGGCGCGGCUGCAGCCGGUGCUUCCGCUGCUGCUGCAGCAGCAGCAGCAACAGCUCUGCUGGUCUGCUGCUGCUGCUUCUUCCUUCGGAAGACUCGCAGUGCUACUGCCUCCCCUGGGUCUCCUUGCUGAUAUGCUGAGGAUCAUUGAGCUGGUGAUGAUGCGUGUGCUGCUGCUGCUGGUGCUGCAGCGGCUGCUGACUUGCUUUGCUGAGGGGCCUUCGAUGCAGCUGCUGCAGCAGCUGCUGCUGUGGGUAGAGCAACAUGCAGAUUUGCUGCAGGCGCCGUUGCAGGUGUGCGUACACCUGGCUUCUUUGUGGCAGCAGCAGCAACUGCUGCUGCUUAACUCCUCCGCUGCUGCUUCGGACAUAGAUGCAGCAGCAGGAACAGCAGCAGCAGCAGCAGCAGGAGUGCCGCAGAAGCAGCAGACUGGAGAGAGGUCUCUCGCUACUACCGGCACCGCAACAGCAGCAGCAGCAGCAGCAGCAGAUGAGCAGCCUGCAGGAGCUGCAUCACCUUCCCACCUAGGAUAUGUAGGAGACAGUCUCCGUGGGCAUCUCCUUUAUACAGUGCUGCUGAAGCUGCUUCGGGUGUAUAGGCACCUCCUGCAUGCAGUCAUAGACAAUGCGCAUGCAAGAGCUGAGGCCCCCCCGCUGCUGCUGCCACCGCAGCAGCAGCCUCUCCUUUGCUUCCAUACUACCCGUCAGAUGCUGCUGAAGGCGCUGCUGCUGCUCUGUGCUGUCUCCUUUGAUGCUGUGGGGCCGGACGAGCUGCUUCUGCGACGCAUGCAGCAGCAGCAGCAGCAGCAGCGGGGACAGCUGACGGCUGCUGGGACAGACUUGCUGCAGCAGGGCCCUGCAACGCAGCAGCAGCAGCAGCAGCAGCGUCCCGCCGCUGCACAAACACCAGAGCCUGCAGCGUUGCUGCUGCAGCAGCUGCUGCCUCAUCCAUCUCUCAAGUGGGCGUUGCUGCUGACAGGCUCAAGGGUCAUUGGCAGCAGCAUCGAGGCCUUCGCCCUGAGUUGCUGCGGAGACAGCAGCAGCAGCAGCAACAACAACAUGGAAGCGCUUGCGGCUGCUGCUGCUGAGGCCCUGCACACAGCGACAUGCGUCGCUUUGCAUGCGGCUGCUACGCUGCGGCUGCUGCUAGAAGCCCCGCCAGCAGCAGCAGCUGCUGCUGUUGCUGCAGAGCCACAGGUUCUGCCGCUUGUUGUUGCGACGCUGCAGUGCAGUCUCCACUUAGUUGGGGAGUUGCUGCUGCGGGCUUUGGGGCUGAAGCAGCAGCAGCAGCAGCAGCCGGAGCAGCAAUCGGAGCAGCAGAUGCUGCAGCAGCUGCUGCAGCGGGGUCAGCGCGUGGAGGCUUGGCCCCGUGCGCUGCAUGCAAAUGCAGCAGAGGGAUUUGCUGCUGCUGCUGCUGGGUGUAGCGUCUAUGGCGCUUCGGGGGUGCAGCAGCCUGCAGCAGCAACAAGCAGCAAACUGUCUUCCCUGUCUCCUCUGCUGCCGCAGCUGCUGCAGCAGCUGCCGUCGCUGAGGCUGCUGUGUCUCCUGGCUAGCCGCAGCAGCAUUUGUGAUUCUCCUCAGCAGCAACCGAAUGAUUCUGCUGCUGCUGCUGCUGCGCAGUGCAGCAGCAGCAACAGCAGCAGCAACACCUCCGGAGUGUACAUACAGCAGCACGAACUCAGCAGCAUCGCUUUCUUUGCGGCGCGCCUUGAGUCGAUAGUUGGUGUUUAG